UUAUGAAUAAUGUUGUCAAUCGAACGCCCAAUGAUUGCGAUUUAAUUUUAGUUUCUGCAAUGAUGUCCGGACUUGCCAAUUUGAUACUUUUGGGCUGUUUUGGGUCAGUAUUUAGUAAGAUUGAAGUGUACGAUUAUGAUCGAUUAUUCGGUAUGAAGGAUACAGUAGAAGAGGCGAAAUAUAUCUGCGCAGAUAUCGUAUUUUUGCUAGACACUUCGUGUAGUAUUGAAAAGGAAGACCGCGGCAAAAUGGUGACAAUUGUAGAGACUGUUGUCAACGCAUCUAGAGUAGGUGAUAAGAUGGCGAGGUUUGGUGUGGUGACAUUUGACAGAGGUGCCAGAGUUGAGUUUGGACUAAACGAAUACACCAGUAGGGAAACAAUGCUUGCAAGACUUGCCAAGUUGAAAACGGCAGUCUCUAGUGACGACUAUCCACAAGGAUGCAAGACGUACACGUGGGAGGCCCUUGAGUUGGUACGCAGGGCAGAGUUAUUGGGAACAGAACCUAGGUUUGAUGAGACAACUGGUUGCAAGAGAGGAAGGGUUGUUAUUAUCAUGACUGACGGCGUUCCUUUCUUGUCAAAUAAAGCAAGGGAGCAGGCUCUUGUAGACACAAUUGAACAGGGGGCUAUAAAUGCGGACGUUGGUAUAUCUACAAUGGUAGUUCAACUGCCAAACAAAAAUGGAAAAUACCCAACAGAAAAACACGAUGUUUUUGAAUCGUUGGUAACAAGGAUGCGAUAUUAUCAUACAGUAGAAAAUAACACAGAUUUGGAAAAGCUUGGCCAUCGCUUCUUCGAGGAUCUGGUUAAAUUCUGGCCUUGUUGUUAUAGUUGCAUGGCAACGAUCGAUCUCUGCUAUGUCCUUGACCGGAGCAUUAGCAUUAAAGUGAGCGACAUCAUAUUGGCGAAGGAAUUUUUGAAAGAGCUUUCUGAUUCAUUCUUGGUGAGUUAUGAUGAGAACGCUGUGGAUGAACCUAAGUGGGAUCACGCCAUGAUUGGUGUAAGUAGCUACAAUACUGAUGUAUAUCAGCACUCAUUGGGAAAAGACUGCCAAGACAACGCAUGCGUCCAUCAAACUAUUGAAUCCAUUCCGAACGCACACAAGUUAUACACUGAAACAGACGAUGCACUGCGUAAUGUGAGAGAACUCUGUCUUUCGCCAUAUUCGACUCGAGGACGCAAUGUUCCAAAAGUGACAUUACUGUUGACGGAUGGAAAUACUUGGGAAACGUAUACAACUUUUAUCAAUUCUCAAAAAACUAUUGGUGUGGCUCAAGAUCUUCGUGCUGCCAACAUUUCGGUUGAUAUCAUUGGAUUGCCAAAUUAUCAAGAGCGUGUAGGGAUCGAGGAAUGGAUGGGUGUGGCCAGUAAUUUCAUUAUUGAUUUGCGACGAACCCCCGAUAGUCCUUGGCUUCCUGACUAUAAAGAUUUGAAGCCGAUUGUUGGAACUGUGGCGAGGUUAAUAUGUGAGAAAUACGGUGUCUCAGAAUGA